UUCAACUCCAUUUUUGUUUCUGACUAUCGAAGUAAGUUUGUUGAACGAUCGAAAGCGGAUUCAGAAUUUUUAGGCUCUCAUUUUGUCCAUUGGAGACCGAGGUCUCUCAUCAAGAUGCAAUACUUCUAUAUUGGAUCGAAAUGCCUGAAAUUUGUAUGAAUUCGGAUUUGAUUAAGUACGUGGAGUGAUCCUGCUGCUUGAUGCUUCGUAAUAGAAUCGUAGCUUAGUUGAGAUAAAAUUAAGUUUCUCUUGAUGGAGAUGCUGGUAAUCGUCCUCAAUCUGGUUUUUACUGGAAACCUUUUAGAAAGUAGCUGAAGAGAUGUUUUGAUGCAGAGUUUUCAAAUUUACCGUAGAGGUGGUUGAUCUAAGUGGUGAAAAUGCUGUUGAUUCAGAAUGGAUGGCCUACUUAGGAGCAUAUCGUUACUUACGAUCAUUAAAUCUUUCCAACUGCCACAGGCUUUCUAGUUCUGGUAUAUGGGCUAUUGCAGGGAUGACUACUUUAAGGGAGUUGAACCUUUCGAGAUGUUCGAAAGUUACUGAUGCUGGAAUUAGGCAUCUUUUAUCCAUACCAACUUUGGAAAAGCUAUGCAUUGCUGAGACUGGCAUCACUGCACAUGGAGUUACACUCCUUUCUUCCUUAAAAACAUUGGUGUUCUUGGAUUUGGGUGGUCUAGCUGUCACCGACCAGGCCCUGAGUUCUCUUCAGGUGCUCACAAAAUUACAAUACCUUGACCUUUGGGGUAGUAAAAUAUCUAACACUGGAUCUGAUGUUCUACAAAUGUUUCCGAAGUUGAACUUCCUGAAUAUAGCUUGGACUAAUGUCACCAAAUUCCCAAACUUGCCUCAUCUUGAGUCCCUGAACGUGAGUAACUGCGUAAUUGACUCUACUAUUAAAGGGUCUGGUGCUAAAGUUCCUCUAAGAAAGCUUAUUGCCUCUGGAGCUACAUUUUCAAACGAGACUGAAGACCUGGAAUUUGUUGGAACCAGUUUCCUAAAUCAUCUGGACUUCUCGAAUGCUUGUCUUCACAGAUUCUGCUUCUUACCUCAUAUGAAAGCAUUGGAACAUUUGGACCUUAGCUCUACUGCCAUAGGAGACAAUUCGGCUGGAUUAAUUGCAUCCGUUGGAGAAAAUUUGAAACAUCUAAACCUCAGCUGCACAACAGUCAGCUCUUCUGGAGUUGGGAUUUUAGCUGGAAAAGUUCCAAACCUUGAAACUUUGUCACUAUCCCACACCAUGAUUGAUGAUUUUGCCAUAUCAUAUAUAAGUUUGAUGCCUGGCUUGAAGAGCAUUGACCUCAGCGAAACAGACAUUAAAGGUUACAUUUACCUAUCAGCUGCGGAGGGAAAUGAGUAUCUCUCAUUUACAGACUUGCAAAACCUUGAUUGUUUAGAAAUAUUGAAUUUGGAGCGCACUCAUGUGGACGAUGAAUCUCUACGCCCAUUAUCAAGAUUCCGAAGGCUGAGUCACUUGCUGCUUAGAAGUCCCUCAUUGACAGAUGUGUCACUGAGCUACUUGUCGAUUUUGCCCAAGCUGACAAUCCUCAGUAUUCGGGAUGCAGUUUUGACAAACCAGGCGUUUGAUUUGCUUAAGCCUGCGGCAACUCUACAAAAGAUUGACUUGAGAGGUUGUUGGCUGUUAACUGAAGAUGGUCUUUUAGAAUUUCACCGAAGGUUUCCACAAAUUGAAGUUAGACAUGAACUUUUUCACUUCUCAUCUGAUCAAACUUCCUCUGAUCGACCUUCAACUCAUUUUACUCCAAAGAAAUUACAAUUGAACCAGAGGAACAAAUCUGCCGCCAUGUCACCAUAUUUUGUAGAUCAAAGGUUGAAGUAUAGUAGCGAAGAGCUACUUGCCCUACAGUUUUCUUCUCUGUCCCAUGGUUCCACAUCUACUCGUGAAAUUGGUCAGAAAUCUGAUACCUGAAGAUGCAGUAACACAAAGUGAAGUUUUCGUUCAAUGCACGGUUCAAAUCACUUGCUUCUGGUUGAGAUCAGAACUUGAAAGAUAAGGGCCGAAACGUUCGAGAUAGCAUAGCAGGAGAAGGGAAGGACAUUGAGCAAGGGGAGAAAUCUUUCAAUAGAGGAAAGGGAUGAGAGGUUUAAAUUUAAACAGAAGUUCUUUCAAAUUUAAUGGCAGGAGUGAAGUAGAGUUUUGCAGUGGAGUAAACUUGCAUGGAUUUUAAAAGAGGAGGAUGAAUAAAUUAAUCACUGUUGUUCCAUAGAUUGGUAGUUAGAAGGUGGAGUAAGUUAGAAGACGAAGGUAUUUAAGAGGAAAUCUUGAAGUUAUUCCGUAAUCGUAGCAGUUUUUCAGGAAGCUACAAAUUGGCAGCCUCGAAGGUAUUCUGAGAAUUGAAUUUUUUGGUAAUCAUAUUUUAUUAUUGAUGACUGAGGUUCAUUGUAUUUACAUCGUUAAGUUUACUUACCAAUUAUGUGUUAUGUAUUGAAAAUAUAGUGAAGUUUUCUUCGAAACA